AUGUCCGGCUCCUAUAGACCCUUGCAGGAUGAUCCAUCGGCCUCUGGCAUCGGUCCAUCCGCCGCCUCGGCCUCCGUCACCGUCGAGGGCUUCGGCUCAUACAGCAGCUCCUUCACCGGAUUCCCUCCCUCGGGCCUCGAUCAAGCCGAGCGAGUGAACAAAUACGAGACGCAGCUCCCCAUUCGCCUGGAUAUCGAGGCAGCACUGUGCUACUUCCUGGGUGCAUUCACGGGAGUAGCGCUUUUGAUCCUGGAAACCAAGAACGACUAUGUCCGAUUCCAUGCCUGGCAAUCCUGCCUCCUGUUCACGCCGUACUUUAUCCUGCAGUUUGUCUUCUCCUUUGUCUCCAGCAGCCUGAGCUGGCUGCUUUUCUUUGCGGAAAUUGGUCUGAUUGCCUGGCUUGGCUACAAGGCCGCCAUCGGCGCCGAUAACUUGGAGCGAUACCAACUCCCAUUCAUUGGGCCGAUCGCCUAUCAGUGGGUCGAGUUCGAGUGA